AAUGCGAGCGGUGAAAAGAGCCAUGGUGGCGCCGCUGCCGAGUCAUUACAUCCGUACGUGCCACAGGCGCCCAGAACCGGGACUGGAUCCUUCUUCUCAAGCGCACUUCGACGCCUAUCAAGUAGUCAAGGGAACGUAUCGAACAAACCCUCACCCUGCUCGGGAAGUGUAUGUCCACGAAGAGUACUGAAUGUCGAUCCGAACCGACCGCGAUGCCAGGUUCCCGAGCUGGAAACCAAGAAGCUACGGCGAGUCGCAUUUUGCGUCGAUGUGGAAAUUGCUGGCUCACCGAGAUAUAAAGACGAAUCGAACGGCGCGUCUACGCCAAGUGCGAAGAAAAGGAAGGAUCGGAUGCUGAAGGAUCGUGGGGAAGGAGAGGCGUUGAAACAUCCAUCAGCUGUAGAAGAGCAGAAGGAGACGGAGGGUACGGUCAAAGCAACAGGAGAGAAAGUUGGAACAGAGGCCGAGCCAAAUCCAGAAGGGUCCGUUCCAGGCAAGGAAGGCGAUGCGAGUGGGCUGCCGGAGAAGACCGAUAAGAAAAAAGAAAAGAAGAAGAAGUCGGAAGAGGAGCGGAAGGAUCGAAAGGAGAAGCGAAGGAAGAAGGCGGAGGAGUGUGGUGCCGUUCCGGUUGAGAUCCGCCGUGGGGGCUCAGAGGACACCUUAUCCAGCGCAUCGCCCCCAAAAGAGACGGUCAUCGAAGCCAUCGCACCAAAACAUCGCGAUAGACCGACAACAGAUCCUCUACGGAUAUAUCGACGAUGCUGCCAGCUGCGAGAGACUCCUAUCUUGAAGCGAAUCACCGAGCAGCUCGCCUACGCAGCGAAGUGUUCCGUUGAUCAACCAGGGAUGAUCUCGGUAUUGGAUCUGACGGGCUCCCGACUUCAACUGGCAGACGUGGUGACACUCGGUGACUGGCUGGCCGUCGUUCCCGUCCGUCGAUUGCUUCUCGAAGACGCUGACCUGACGGACGAAGGCGUGCGGGUCAUCCUGGCAGGAUUGCUGGCUGCCAAGUCUCCGGAAUUGUCAUGGCAGCAACCUCACCACAACCAACAUUUUGAGGAGCGGUCCGGACAUGUCGAGAAGCUAACGUUGAAGAAUAACCCCCGUGUAUCGAAAGCGGGCUGGAAACAUAUCGCACUAUUUCUCUACAUGUGCAAGAGCUUAAAGGCGCUAGAUGUUUCUUUGAUCCGGUUUCCGACAAGCCCACACACCCAUAACGACAGCCACGCCCGUUCAACAUCAAGCAGUGAAAGUUGGCCAUCUUCGAAGCCGCCAAUAGCUCCAAGUGACAUUUUCGCCAAGGCAAUCGCAGAACGACUUGGUGGAGACACAUUUGAAGAGCUCAUCAUGGCGGAGUGCGGGCUCGAUACGCAAACGAUUCGGAAAAUCACCAAUGCCGUUACCGUCUCGGGCCUGAAGCGACUUGGACUUGCUGGCAACAACGUGAACGACGAGGCCUUGAAACAUAUCUUUGAGUAUAUGAAAUCCGGCGUCUGCCAGGGUUUGGAUCUGGGAGGAAACGAUUUCCGAGAUCGAUGCGGUGUUCUCGCCGCUGCAAUGAAAGGCAUGGACGAGUCCCCUUUCUGGGCACUUUCGCUUGCCGAUUGCAACCUGAACCCUGACUCGCUCAACGCCUUGCUCCCCGCGCUGGUGACGCUACCGUACUUCAAGUUCCUCGACCUGAGCCAUAACCAGGAUUUAUUCGGGACCGAUCCCAGCGCGCUUGCACCCCUCCGCAAGUACCUCCCUCAAUUCAAGUUCCUCAAACGGAUACAUCUCGCCGAUGUCUCGCUAUCCUCUGCACAAGCUAUUCGAUUGGCAGAGGUUCUCCCCGAGGCUCCUCAUCUGGCACAUUUGAACAUCCUGGAGAACCCAGGUCUCUCCGCCUUGGCGAACGCAACAACCGAAGACGAUCAGGAGGAAGCUUGCGCUCUCUACGCCAGCCUUAUGGCCGCGGUUCGCGUGUCGGAGAGCAUCAUUUGUAUCGACAUCGACGUUCCAAGCCCGGAGAAUUCCGCCAUCGUUCAGGCCCUGGGGAAACAAGUCAUCGCGUAUUGUCUUCGAAAUAUGGAUCGCUGGACGGCUAGCGAGGGCACCACCGACCCCGAUUGGACGGACGGAGAGCCAUGCGUGGCGGGUCCGCACCGCGAAAUCGACAUCCCGGACGUGCUCCUCCACCUGGUCGGGCACUCGGACGGCAGCAUGCAGAAUAUGGACGACGAACCCCCAGCGCCCGGCGGGGAUUACGUGCUGGGAGGUACGGGUGUCGUCAAGGCGUUGAGUUAUGUGCUAUCUGAGCAAGCGAGCGAAGGGAGACCGAGUCUACCGCAUAGCGGCGCGGCGACUCCCCGGGCGUCGUCGUUCGCGAUUGUCGAUGACGAGAAACAGAAGUCCAAGGCGAAGAACAUGAGUAAAAACCUUUUGACGACUGCGAGAAGUAUCCAGGCGCGAUUGCGGCCGGCUUUGUUGAAGGAGGCUACCACGGGGGAUGAAAUGGCUUACAAACGUCUUCUGUUCCUCGACAAUACUUUACAACGUAUGAUCCGCCGUUUUGAGGACGAGUAUCCCGAAUGUCGCCUGAAAGAGCCAGUUGAGGUGCCUCCCCGCACCUCAUCCUUGGUCCCGCCGAACCCUGCACCAUCCGAUCUCGUUAAAACACCUGCCGCUCCAGAGCCCACUCCAGUUACCGAGAGCGGUCCCGUCGACGACGCCAACUCGGACGACGAAGACCCCCCGGGCCGCCCCACGCUCCGCUCGCGCCACAACAGCGACGUAUCACUCGCGUCCCGCGCGCUUAGCAUCGAAGAAGGCCAAAUGCACCGCCUCGGGCAACACAUCCGCCGCGAUAUCCUCGGCGACGCCGUGGCGGCCAGCGACGGCGCGCACGCACACAAGCACGAAGACGCGUUCCUCGUCGCGCUGCGGGCGAAGCUGCAGGCGAUGCCGUCGUCGAAGCUGCGGGACUGUGUGCUGGAGCGGGGUUGGGAGGGGACGUUGGCGGCGAUAGGGGAGAAUGUGGAGGAGCUAAGGCGGCUGAGGGAG